AGAAAAAGAUCACAACGUAAAAAAGAAAAUAAACAUUCCAAGACCAAUCCGAAUACUACUUCUAACGAUGACUCAAAUAAACCUAUGGAUUUGGAUGAUGAAAAAACUAUGCAAUUAGAACAACGUAAAAUUCUUUUGUUUAAUUGCAGUGAAAUUGUAGAUUUUAGUAGUGGUGAUACUAUUUUACCAACGAGGAUUACUUGUUAUUGUCGUCAUCAUAAUGAGAAAGUCGAUUACGCUAAUACUAUUAUAGCGACGGGAAUGUCUCCUCCUAUUAUGAUAACGGACGAUCACAAGUCAUCAAAAACUAAAGUAGGCGUUGGAAGAAAACGUCCAAAAGCAGAAUAUGAUCGUCGUACUAAUGCAUUACCUAGUAAUUCUGUAAAUUCUACAAAGAAUAAACUUAAUAGCGAAUUAUCUAGUGUAGCUUCAUUAUCGCCUACUCCGACCGGUGAAUCUCAUACAUCAUCAUCUAUAGUAUCACCGAACUCUUCUGAA